AUGGUGCUCUACGUGACAGCCAUCCACACCUUUGUCGCCGAGCAUGGCGACGAGCUCGAGUUCCAGGCAGGCGAGAAGAUCGAGGUCAUUGAAAAGGAUGACGCCUUUGGCGACGGCUGGUGGAAGGGACGCAACACCAAGGGCGAAGAUGGUCUCUUCCCGGCCACGUACAUCUCCGAGGAGCCCAUCGACGACAUUGCCGAUGUGGGCGCUGGCGCUCCUCCAGGCCCGAACGGUCGCGAAGAGAAAAACUCGCGGUCCGGGUCCCCCAUCCCAGUUCCCCCCUCACCCCAUGACGCGCCGCCAGUGACAACAACCCCUCCCCCGGGUGCACCCGAUGGAGCUGCCGCUGUUAACGGUCUCGCGUCGCCCUUCACCGGUGCUGCUGGCGCCGACAGCGGCGAAUCGGCGGCAGCAGCAAAGAACGUCGUCGAGCCCUUGAACAACCGCAACAGUCUUUUGGACAUUACUGGCGCACCGCAUUCGGCACCCUCAGUGCAGGCCGCGGCGCUGGCAGCCCGCUCUGGCGGCACCAACGUCAUGGGCCACACCAUUGGCGAAGUCCAGGAGGCCAUUGACACCAUGGGUGCGCCCAAGAAUGACGCUGCCGGUGUGCACAAGGGCGUCACGCUCAAGGACCCCGCAGAGGCUGAGCGCGAGGCUCGCGAGCGCGAACAGGUCGAGUCAACGCAGACCGACGUCGAUGACGACGACGACGACGACGACAAUGUCCCUCUGGGCGUUGCUUCUGAUGCGCGUGCUCGUCUUGCACAGCAAGCCAAGCUCGCCAACGAAGAGCGCGAUCGCCAGCAGCAGCGCGAGAGCGGUGUCGCUGCUGAUCUUGUCUACUCGGACGAGAGCGACGAUGAGGAGGAGCCUUCAUCUGCCGGCCUCAACCACUCUGUGCAAACCCUCAACGGUACGCCCAACGGCACGGCCGUCAGCGGCAGCCCCCUCGCUACCUCGUCCCUGCCCGUCAACGGCAACGGUAGCGACAACGCCCCCGUCUCGCCCGUCACCGCUCUCAACAGCUCGACUCGCACGCUCAAGCCUGACAUCUCGGACGAGGCUACCCCCAUCCCGUCGCCCACCAAGGUCGCAGCUGUUACUCCAAGCAGCCCGCCAUUCGAGGCCACUCACAUCCUCCCGGCCACAUCCCCUAUCGUGGCAGAGCCCGAGCCCGUCGCUGCUGUCGACCUCUCGUCUCCUUCUCACAGCGUCCCGCCCCAGCCCGAGACGGCUGCUCGUUCCGUUUCUGGCUCACCCGAGAUUGGUGUCGGCGCGCUUGCUGCUGGAGCCGGACUGGUUGGCGCUGGCACUGCAGCCGUUGUUGGCUCCAUUGCGGCAUCGCGCACGCCUCCCCUCUCGACGCCUCCUUUGGGCCACAGCCCCUCGCUGUCGUCGACGUCAAUUCCCGCUCCCGCCGUGCCCCAGGCGGCCCUUGCAUCCCCCUCGGCGCGCUCGACCUCACUCCAUGCUUCGCCCGGCGUGGUGCCGACACCACUGGUUCCUGUGGCGCCAGUGCCCACGCACUCGACGCCAGUGUCAACAUCCACCCCUCAACUCCAGCCUGCGGCGCAGAUUUCGACCCCUCCCGUCGCAACCUCCUCGCCUUCCACUGGCGGCACACCCUCGGGUGCCGGCAUUCCCGCCAAGCCGCCCGCGUCGUGGACCGUCGACGAUGUUGUUCAGUGGGCGCAAGCCAAGGGCUUUGACGAGUCCAUCUGCAGCAAGUUUGUCGAGCACGACAUCUCCGGCGACGUCCUUCUCGAGCUCGAUGCUACUUUGCUCAAGGAGCUUGACAUCCCCCAGUUUGGCAAGCGCGUUCGCAUCGCGUCGGCUAUCAAUGAGCUUCGCCGCCCAGCUUCGGCCUUGUCGACCUCGUCGGCUCAGCCAUCGCCCAUCCCCGAGGGAGCUGCUGCCGCCCACCAGUCUCAGCAGUGGGGAGGCGCGUCGCGCUCGCACUCGGUCACCCCAUCCUACUCUGCAGCAUCGUCGCCUGUGGUUGACGACAGCCACGGCGCAUGGGCACACGGCCGCAAGGUCAGCAUGACACCGUCCACUCCGGCGAUCGACGAGGCACACCCUAUGGAGUCGCGCGCCGCCGAGCUGCCUACCAAGCUCAACCACAUUGCUGCUGUCAAUGGCGGCGGCAACGGCCACGCUCCGUCGCUCUCGACCUCGUCGGUGCCCGUCAGCCCCGCCACUACCAGCGGUGCCACUGUUGUGAAGCGCGAGUCGACCGGCUCGCUCACGCACAAGAAGAAGGGCAGCCUCGACAACAAAUCGGACCGCCUCAGCUUCUUUGGCCGCAACCGCAAGCCACCUCCCCAGUCGCCCAGCGCGGCUGAGCGCAGCGCUUCCUCGCGCAUUGGUCUCGGAUCGUCCGCCGCCAGCAAGCCCACUACCACCAUGACUGCCGCUACUCCCGACAAGCGCGUGUCGUCGCAGCCCCAGGCCGCUGUUGGCUCGGCUCUGCGUACCAUUGGCACGCCCGACAGGACUGGUUACCUGAAGAAGCGUGGCGAGCGGUACAACACUUGGAAGACGCGCUUCUUUGUUCUCAAGGGCUCGCACCUGUACUACCUCAAGAGCGAGACCGAGGACCGCGUCAAGGGUCACAUUGACCUCAAGGGCCACCGCAUCAUUGUCGACGAGAACACCAACCCGGGCUCGUACGGGUUCCGUCUUGUCGGGCCAGGAGAGAAGCCCCACCACUUCUCGUCGGCCGAGCAGGGCCAGAUCCGCGACUGGAUGAAGGCGCUUAUGAAGGCCACCAUUGCUCGCGACUACUCUGUCCCCGUCACCUCGUCGUGCAACAUCCCCACCAUCCCGCUCGCCGAAGCCCAGGCGCUCCAGCCCCGCCCGCCUUCCCCGUCCCAGAUUGACGCCACGCAACGCGCCAACCGCCGCGAAAACGUCAACCAGCUCACGCCCCGCGACGCGAGCGUCCUCAUGUCGCUCGACACAACAGGCAGUGGCCGUCGGAUGACCAGCCACAGCGGCGGCACGCCCUCGCGCCCAAGCCGUGACACCCGCCGGCCGUCUAUGUCCAAGUCGAGCACCGGACGGCCCUCGGUCAGCCAGUCGCGCCCAAGCGUGGCAUCCUACUACCCUCCCGAGGACGAGCACCACGCCGAGCUCCUCAACUGGGUCAACGCCACUCUGCCGGCACAGUACCCGCGUGCGGCCCAGUUCCCCAACUCGUUCAUUUCGGGCGAGGUCAUCUUCCUCGUGGUCAAGCACCUGUCCGGCAUCGAGCCCAAGCCUCCCGUGCCCCCUUCCGCAUUCGCACGAGACGCCACUGGCCAGCCGAAUGUCGAGGGCCUGUUCGCCAUGAUGGACUGCGUGAUUGACGCGGGCAUCGACAGCGCCGGUGUCAGCCUCAACGAGGUCCGCGCCGGCGACCCCACCGCCAUUGCCACCCUCCUCGACAGUGUGCGCAACUGGGCCGUGCCCCGCGGUCUCGCAUAG